AGUUUACCCUGAACUCAUUUUCCUCAUGUCUGAUUCUCCCGCCAAUUCCAGAUCACUUGGACUCCUUGAGAAGUAUCAACUAGGCAAACGUCUUGCAGACUGCUAUGGUACUGUCAAUUUGGCUGUGCAUUUGCAUCAUGCCACAAGUCGCCCUGCCCAAGAUGAGAAAAGUUGGUAUUUGGCAAAGUUGACACCAGCUAUACAUCAAAUUUGCGACGAACAGCCCUAUCUGGUGUCGGUAGUUGCCAAUUAUGAUACUUCAAAGGCUCAUUGGAUUCAGCUCGAAAAUAUGGAUGCUUUGGAUAUCGUAGUUUUCAAGACAAUUUCGUUGCAAGACCCUACGGCGGUUGAGUCCCUCAUUGCGCAACAGUGCAACCACGUCUUCGAUUUGAAUGAUAUCACCAAACCGCUUUGGAAGCUUUGCAUUGCAAGCGACCCGGAAGAUCUCAAUCGCUGCAUCCUCGUACUCACAUGGGACCAUGUACUCUACGACGGUAUAAGCUCCACUAUCUUUUUUGACAGAUUUCUUGAGCUUCUCAAUUCCACGAACGAAGUAGAAAGAUCUGAAACUACGUUUGCUGUUCAAUCAAUCAGCAAGAUGCCUCUUCCGUAUGACCAAAGGUCUCCUCCAACACCGAAGCUUCUUACUGAGGUUGUGCCGAAGGCAUUCACACAGUUGUUACUACCAUCAUUUAUCACUCGACGUUCACAAGUUGGGUUAUGGCGUGGUCAGCACAAAGCCAAAGAAGAAACUCAUAAGACGAUGGUCCGAAUUAUUGAAAUGGAUACCGAUAAUCUUAUAACUCGCUGUAAAGCUGAAAAGUCUACCCCUCACUGCGCGGUUCAUGUUGCUGCCAUCAUGGCCGCAUCAUCGGAGUUGAUGGAUAGCGCUACCAAGCUUACACUCAAGACCCCUAUCAACGCAAGAGGAUUAUGUAACCCUGCCAUUCCUCAUUGUGAAAUGGGCAACUUCGUUGGUAGCUUCGAAACAACCGCUACUGUUCCUCUCACGAGAUCAUUUUGGGAGGAAACAAGAGUGUAUCGCGCGAAACUCAAGGACGGAAAAUAUAACGCUGGCAAAGCGAGCGCGUACUUGGCAUAUCUAGGAUCGUAUCCUGAUGAAUACAAGAAGUAUCUCAAGAGUCCUUUCGAGAAGCAUGAAAUCGGUCGCGGUGGUGGCAUUGAGUUGAGCGAUUUGGCCUUGUGGAAAAAUCAGACUGGCAAGGGCCAAUGGAAUCUAGAAAAGGCCACCUUCUGCCAGAGUAUCAAUGUGUAUGACACUCCGCUCACCAUGAACUCUGUUACCGUCGGCAACAAGCUCCGGAUUGCAAUUACUUGGCAAGACGGAGCAACAGAUGCUGAUAAGGUUGAUAAUUUUGCUAAAAAGGUUCACCAAAUCCUCAUCGAGCAGAGCCAAUAAUGGCAUGUCUCUACCAGUCAUAAUAACUAAUUUAUCUUUACUAAGCAAUGAAACUGCCAUAAUUGAGUUAUUAUACUCACUAAUUGAACACAUCAUUAAACUGUACGACAUUAAUCAAACA